AUGGCGAAUUAUUGUUCACGUUUCAUCCACAACUAUUCAACCAUAACUGAACCUCUACGCCAACUCACCAAAUCAAACGCCACCUGGCAAUGGACAUCAGCACACCAAACGGCUCUGGACACAUUAAAGAAACACCUUACCGAUGACAAAACCAUAUCAUAUUUUAACCCAAAGAGCGACUCCACCUUGAUUGUCGAUGCCAGCCCUGUAGGUCUUGGCGCAAUUUUCAUGCAAAAAAAAUCCAAAACGAAAGAAGAAAAAGUUAUCGCCUUUGCUACUCGUGCGUUAAACCCUGUUGAUCGCAGACCGAAAGGGAAGCUCUCGCUAUUCUCUGGACGUUUCCAUUUAUACGUCUACGGUUCUCAUUUUACAGCGAUUACGGAUCAUAAACCUCUUGAGCAGAUCCAUGCAAAUCCUCGAUCUCGAUGUUCAGCACGUCUUGAACGAUGGUCACUGAAACUUCAGCGAUAUGACUUCACUGUUAAAUAUCAGCCGGGGAAAUCAAACCCAGCUGUUUACAUGUCCCGCCACCCACAGCUAUCUUCACCAUCAAACCAGUACUCCAAGAUAGCAGACGAAUAUAUGCUUUGUUGCACAGCAUGCCACUCCCAAGGCAAUAUCCCUCGAUGAUGUCAAAACAGCGACAGUCAACGACCCAACAUUACAACACCUUACCAAAGCAAUCCCAACAGGCAACUGGACUGUUACUCCAAUCCAACGGAACAGUGGCGUCGACCCACAGGAAAUGAAUGCAUACUUCAAGCUUCGUAAUGAAAUAACAGUAUCCAAUGAAAAUGAUUUGCCCCUGAAGGGAACCUGAAUCAUUCUACCAGCACCACUUCGCUCACAUGCGUUAUCGCUUGCCCAUGAAGGACAUCAGGGUUUGGUAAAAACUAAACGUCGGCUAAGAGAGAAAGUUUGGUUCCCUGGAAUAGACGCUCAAGCAAAAUCAAUGAUAGAAAAGUGCAUACAAUGUCAAGCAGCGACACCCACCAAACAUUACGAACCUCUACAAAUGACGAAACUACCCCAUGGACCCUGGCAGAAACUUUCAGCAGAUUUUUGUGGACCCCAACCAACCGGUGACUAUCUACUCGUAGUUAUUGAUGAAUAUUCUCGGUAUCCGGAAGUAGAAAUUCUAAAAUCCACCUCAGCAAAGGCAACAAUACCAAAGUUUGACAACAUUCUUUCUACCCAUGGCAUUCCGAUAGAAAUAAAAACUGAUAACGGACCCCCUUUUAAUAGUCAAGAAUUUAAGGAAUUUUCAGAAGAUCUGGGGUUCAGCCACCGAAAGAUUACUCCACUGUGGCCCAAGGCAAAUGCCGAAGCAGAGAGAUUCAUGCGAACUUUAAACAAAGCAAUUAUCACGGCACACACUGAGCAGCUCAAUUGGAAACGUUUCCUGUAUCGUUUCCUGCGCGACUAUCGCGCAACUCCGCACGCAAGUACCGACAAAACACCCGCGGAACUAUUAUUUGGAAGAAAGAUGAGAUUAAAAUUGCCAGAAUUUUCCCCAACUGUUAUUGAUUGUGACCUCAGGUGUAAAGAUGCGACUGCUAAAAGAAAAAUGAAAGAAUAUGCAGAUGACAGAAACAAUGUGCUAGUACGACAGCGAAAGCGUAACAGAUUCUCGUCGUACAACAAUCCCAUACCAUACCACAAAGUUGCAAAAAAGGCAGCAUGA